UGUCUAUUUGAGACAGAACACGCCCGCCACGUGUGCAUACAAAACAUCGGAUCUUCACACACACAACCGCGUAAUUCAAUGGUACAAGGACUUGACUUAACGUUUGAAGAGAAAGGCGUAAAUGUACAAUUGGUACUCUACCGUAUAGAAAAGGGUUUUAUGAAUCAGCGGUGAAAUGAAUUCUACAAGAAAGUACCAGUUUGUCAUAUUCAUUUUCAUUUUAAUCUCUGUCUUAUUUAUAUACAUCACUUCACCAAAAUUUAAAACAAAGCUGUCAAAAUACUGUGCUUCUUUACCAAGCUUUGCUAGACCCCAAUCUAAUGAAUGUAACAUGGAAACAUGUUUCAAUUCCAAACGCUGUAACAUUUCUAAUUUCAAAGCCUUUGUGUACCCAAGUGCUGUUUGGAACCGCACUAAGGAUAAUUCCAUUUUGGGAAAGACCUACUUAACCAAGAAUCCAGAAGAUGCUUGUAUGUAUAUUUUUUUCUGGAAACCAGGAUCAAAAUUAACCGAUUUACAAUUUUGGCAGGAAAAUGGGUCAAACCACAUCAUCAUUAACUUGGAUAUCAACAGAAAAGGGCCACUUCAUCCUGGCAAUGCAUUGGUGGCUCAACCACGCUUUCAGUACUUUACGUUCCGAGCUGGAUUUGAUUUUAUUUUACCAUUGUACAAUAAUAAUAACUCAAAGGAUACGUGGGAAAUACUCCUUCCACUUUUUCCUCUCCGUCGUAAAUAUUGGAUAUCGUAUCUAAGUGGCUCUCAGCCAAAACUAGAUAUUUUCAGAAAAUAUCAACCACUGCCUACCAGUCUUUCUGAAUACCUGAAAAGACACAAUUCUUCGUUGCUGCCAAUAACAGUCUCCAGCGAAUGUUCUCCAUCGGAUAUUUGGAGCUGUCCAAAGAAAAAACGACUGCAAAUUUUGACCAACUCCACUUUUACCAUAAUAGUGAUGCCACAUCAGUUAUUUAAGGAAAAUGAUUGGAACGUUUUUCAGAUUCAUUUGGUUGAAAUACUUCAAAGUGGAUCCGUACCAGUGUUAAUCGGAGAUAAAAAUUACCUACCGUUACAGGAUUAUAUUAACUGGAAGAGAGUUCUUGUAACAUUUCAUUGGAAUAUGUUGACUAAAUUCCUACCGUUUUUAUCUUCUCUCGUCGAUAUGGACAUCUUACAAUUCAAACAGUAUGGACGACAUGUUAUGGAGGUGAUUUUCUCAUCUAAAAAGUCGCUCCUGGCCGUAAUCCUCGAAUCGAUGCAUCAACGACAACGAGUUCCAGCACCUUGUUUCGAUCCCUAUCAUCCUAAAAUAUUAUUUACAUACCAGCCAAAGAGUAAUGGCAAUCAGAGCUAUGACCAGCCUGGUCAUUUUAGAGGGGGCAAACAUUCCCUUCUUGAUCUGAGAAUGCCACCGGAAGCAUUAUCUUUUAUCAACGUAGAACGAAAACCCGGUAAGAGCUGGCCACCCGAAAAAUUUACAGUUGUGAUCCUGACAUAUCGAAGGCAGUAUAUCUUGUAUAAGAUUCUCAAUGCACUUCACAAUCUGCCAUUCUUGGACCGUGUAGUUAUAGUGUGGAAUGACCUCUUCACUCCUGUAAAUAAAACGAUAAUUCCAGAGUUACAUGUACCAGUUUAUGUAAGUAUACUCUUUCUUUUU